AUGAAUGCGGCUCCGACAUCCGCGGAAGAAGCUCACCCGUCACCACGCACGGACAAACCCGAUACGGAUACGCAAGAGAUAUCCAACGACAUCGCGGAGAUACUUAGAUUGCCUGAAACCGAGACACUUCUCUCUCAUUAUGACAAGUUUAUAUGCCCUCAUCAGAUCUCCGAGAUUGGUAAUGAGACCGACAACCCGUAUCGGUUAUAUAUCCUUCCUUUAGCCCGAAAGCAAAUUGGUUUACUAUACGCUGUGCUUGGCUUUUCAGCUUCACAUCUCGGGCAAUUGACGGGGAACCAAACGAUGCACGAAGCCACUGCAGUAGAAUAUCGCAUGAAAGCGAUACGGGCUCUCAGUGAAGAGAUCCGUAGGAGUCAAGCAUUGACUUUGCUGGAUGACGAGCAAGAUGCCGUUCUUGCCAUCAUUCAGAUUUUAUUACUUCAUGAUAUAGCCGAAUCCGGAAUUUCGACUCAUGGGAUCCAUAUAACGGGAGCUAUGUCCGUCUGCAAGCGGCUAUUGAUUUCCGAGGGACUCAGCGGUCACCGUCAGCGGGCCGUGUUCUUUCUGGGCAACCUCGCCUGGCUUGAUAUUAUCCGCGCUUUUGCGGGUCCAGAACGCCUCUGCUUCUCUCAAGAUAUCCGAGAACUGGUUGCAUGUGCAAGUGAAAGCACAUUCGAGAUGGUAAACGGAUGUCCUCGGGAAGUUUUCCUGAUUAUUGGUGGUAUUCUAGAAAAGUCCAAAGAGCACACAUUGGGGUGGCUUACAUGGGAUGAAUAUCAGAUAGCCAUGCUCGUGGCCAAGCACAAGCUAUACUCAUGGGAUAGCAAAGAGAAGAUAUACCCUAGUAGUGACCCUCGUUGGCUGGCUGUGGCGGAGGCUUUCCGGUUCGCAUGCAUACUACGCAUCCUUCGCUUACUAGACGAUCUUCGUCCGGCGAAAAACCCAGACAUACAAGACUGUGUGGCUCGGAUCUUGGAUGCAACCGCCACCAUACCUUCGGACUGUCCACUGGUCGAACUGCUCAUUCUACCUCUCUUCAUGGCAGGCGCAGACUCCCUUGCACCGCAUUCACAGUAUUACAUUCUAUCCCGAUUCAAAGAGAUUGAAAAGAGAUCCGAGGUUCGCAACCCUGUGCCUCGAGAUCUUUUAGAGAAGGUAUGGGCUGCUCGUGCUGCCCAAAUACCUGACGAUGAUAGAAAUAUCUCGUGGACGAGCUUUACUCAUUGUCCUGGAAUUGCACGACAACAUGACUAUCUUAUCAUUUAA